AUGUCUCCCAUACAGAAGAGAAAGGCCGAUGGCAGUUCACACAAAGAUGAAGGGAUACCAUCCAAGAGAGUGAAACAUACUACAUCUACGCACACAAAGCAAACAGCGCCGGAACCCGCUAAAGAACCUUCUCCACAACCGUCUUCAGAGCCAUCACUGGUAACAGGGUCUACGAGUGAGGUUGAGAUCGAAGCAAAAGGCCAUGCUUCGAAAUCGUUCCAGGACCUUGGGAUUAUACAGUCGCUGUGUGAUGCAUGCACAGCAUUGGGAUACGAGGCCCCGACUCCGAUUCAAACCGAAGCAAUACCUUUGGCUCUGCAAGGAAGAGACAUUAUCGGGCUUGCAGAGACUGGCAGUGGGAAAACGGCUGCGUUUGCACUUCCAAUUCUACAGGCUUUGAUGGAGAGCCCGCAGUCAUCCUUGUUCGGUCUCUGUCUUGCACCUACUCGCGAACUUGCCUACCAAAUCGCCCAAGCAUUUGAAGCUCUGGGUGCCCUCAUCUCGGUCAAAGUCGCCGUUGUGGUGGGAGGAAUGGACAUGAUCUCCCAAUCCAUUGCCCUGGGCAAGAAGCCUCAUAUCGUAGUUGCUACACCUGGUCGACUGCUCGACCACCUCGAAAACACAAAAGGCUUCUCUCUACGGUCAAUCAAGCACUUAGUAAUGGACGAGGCUGAUCGCCUUCUUGACCUUGACUUUGGCGCAAUCAUUACCAAGAUCCUCAAAGUCCUCCCACGAGAGCGCCGCACCUGUCUCUUCUCGGCUACAAUGACCUCAAAAGUCGAGAGCCUCCAACGAGCUUCCCUUUCCAAUCCUCUCCGCGUCUCCAUCAGUACAAACAAAUACCAAACGGUCUCCACCCUCCUACAAAGCUACUGCUUCAUUCCCCACAAAGACAAAGACGUCUACGUGGCAUGGCUUAUAAACGAAUUCGCUUCAAAAUCCGUAAUCAUUUUCACUCGCACUGUCAACGAGACUCAGAGAAUAGCUAUAUUGCUUCGGGCUCUUGGGUUUGGCGCUAUUCCGCUCCAUGGCCAGCUCUCGCAAUCUUCCAGAUUAGGUGCACUGGGCAAGUUCCGUGCGAGAAGUAGAGAUAUACUUGUUGCUACGGAUGUUGCCGCUCGAGGUCUGGAUAUACCCUCGGUUGACGUAGUCCUCAACUUUGACCUUCCCCACAACUCAGAAACUUAUAUCCACAGAGUCGGCCGUACGGCACGAGCAGGGAAAAGCGGGCAUGCGAUCAGUAUGGUUACUCAGUACGACAUCGAAGUAUGGCAGAAGAUUGAAGCAGCAUUAGGGAAGAUGUUGGGUGAGUACGAGACGGAUAGGGCGGAGGUGAUGAUUCUGGCGGAACGGGUGGGGGAGGCGCAGAGGAUGGCUAUUAGGGAGAUGAAGGACUUGCAUGAGAAGAGAGGGACGAAGGGUGCCACGUUAAGAGGGAGAAAGCCUGGAGGUGGCAAGAAAGGUAGGAACGAUAUGGAUAGGGAGGAAGGCUGA